AUGGCUGAUGAGGAAGAUAUCGUGGAUGAAGCUGAGGAUUCUCGGGAUGGUGAAGAUGAGGAAACGGAAGAAAAUGCACCAAUGAGUGAAGAUGAAGACGAUGCAAAAAAAGAUGAGGCGAUUAACGAGAAAGCAGAGGAAGUAGAGAGAAAACCCCCACCACCAAUUGGUAUUAAAAGUCCAACACCGGGUCGUCAAUAUAAUGUACCCGAGGUACCAAAGAGUAUUCAGCGACGGGCGGCAAAUUACUCCGGUGGUAAACCAUCAAAGCAUGAUAAAGACAAGUUGAUGCGCUCCGAAGGCAUUAUUCCCAUCCAGGCUGGAUCCAACAAAUAUGCAUCACAACGUGGAAUGACUGGUUUUGGUGCCCCCCGUGAUGUAAUUGAUAAAGUUAAAGCGGAUAAUUUGCAAGAAAUUACGGAUGCUGAAAAGAUAAAAAAUCUGAAACAAUCAACUUGGCUGCAGUCUGGUACCAACAAAUUUGCAUCACAAAAAGGAUUGACUGGAUUUGGUUCACCACGCGAUGUGAAUUACAGAGCUAAAGGUACCGGGGGUGCAAGCGAAGUACCAGAGGAUAAAGCACGAGCAACUGAUGGUAUUGUACCAUUACAAUCCGGUACAAAUAAAUUAGCUUCGCAGGCUGGUAUGACUGGUAUGGGUAUGCCUCGAAUCGUCGACGUAAGGAGAACUGAUGAUCAAGAUCGAAACAGUCAAGGAUUUAUUCACCUUCAAAUGGGUACCAAUCGUUUUGCUAAUCAAUCCGGUAUGACUGGAUUUGGAAUGCCUCGACAUAAUAUCACUAAAUAUAAGGAUGAAGUAAGAGGUGAAAUGCCUAAUGAUGAAUCGACGAUGUCCCGACAAACCAGCGGAUGGAAAGAAGGUGCGUCACAGGCGGGAAUGUCAGGUUUUGGCGCAUUUCGAAAUAACACUGUGGCAAAUAUGCAAGCACAAGAGCAACGAUCACAAGGCAUGAUACCGUAUCAAAUGGGUGUCAAUUUUCUCGAUUCUCAAUCCGGUAAAACAGGUUUCGGUAUGCCAAGACAGGUUUAUACACCAUUUGUGGAUGAUUCACACGAUGAAUUACCGAUAGAUCUUGCUCGACGGCCAGAGGUGCCAUUUUGGUCAGGACAAGAAACCGAAUUUGCUAAUCAGACUGGAAUGUCAGCCUUUGGAACUCCACGUGAUGUACGCGGUGAAUAUGUACGACGUUUGUGGUAA